UGUUCAGCUGUCUAGAUGAGAAUUUUCGUUGGAGAAGAAAAGCAGAUGACAUCCACUGUGCUCACAUAGAAAAAAAGCAACAACCAGCGUUGUUUAAAUUGACAGUCACAUAUCUCUGUCUCUCACACACCACUGUGCUCUGUUUUUCAGUAACUAGUAGAGAGUGCAAACUACAAACCCCUGAAACUCUUCACUUUCCUUCUCUGCCAUGGAUUCAAGCUCCAAUGAAGUAGUCCAAGACUUCUCACCCCUUGUCAAAAUCUACAAAGAUGGCCGUGUAGAGAGACUCGUAGGGUGCGAGUAUGUUCCUCCAUCGUUUGAUCCCAUAACCAAUGUCAACUCCAAAGACAUGGUUAUCUCAAGAGAAGAUGAAGACAUAUCUGCUAGAAUCUACCUUCCAAAGCUCAACGAUGAAAACCAGAAGCUCCCUCUCCUUGUGUACUUCCACGGUGGUGGUUUCUGCGUAGGAACACCGUUUGACCCUGCUUACCACCAAUUCCUCAACACGGUUGUUUCUCAGGGUAAUGUAAUCGGUGUCUCUGUUCAUUACAGAUUAGCACCAGAGCACCCUGUUCCAAUCGCUUUUGAAGAUUCAUGGACUGUGCUCAAAUGGAUCGCUUCCCAUUGCGGUGGGAACGGCCCUGACGAGUGGCUCAACCGCCAUGCUGAUUUUGGUAACGUGUUCUUCUCAGGGGACAGUGCAGGGGGAACCAUUGCACACCAAAUGGGUAUUCGGGUCGGUACAGAAGGGCUUCCGGGUUUCAAUCUUGAAGGGAUUGCUUUGAUCCAUGCGUUCUUUUGGGGUGUGGAAAGGAUUGGGUCUGAGGCAGAGAAACCGGAAGGGGUGGCAUUUAUGGAGAAUUGGUGGCGGUUUACGUGUCCAACAACCACUGGAUCCGAUGACCCGUUGGUGAAUCCGGCUAAGGAUCCGAAUUUGGGGAAGCUUGGUUGCAAGAGAUUGCUGGUUUGUGUUGCUGGGAAUGAUUUGUUGAAGGAUAGAGGUUGGUAUUUGAAGGAGUUGUUGGAGAAGAGUGGGUGGCAAGGGGUUGUGGAGGUGGUGGAGGCAAAAGGGGAAGAACAUGUGUUUCAUCUCUUUAAGCCAAACUGUGAGAAUGCUGUUUCCUUGUUUAAUCAAAUUGCUUCCUUCAUCAACCACAGUUGAGUUAUGCAGCAGAACUUAUUAGUAAUUUCCUCUGUACCCGUUUCUAUGGUGUUAAAAGAAUAAAGAGUUUCUGUUUGUGUGUUUGUUGA